AUGUCCAGAGACCAGAAGUCCUCCUCGCCGCCCGUCUUGCCAUGCUCCAGCCUCCAGAAGAAGCCGAAAAAUCCUCUGCAAAGCAGUCUCCAGGCAGUUGAAGAUCAGGUAAAGAUAUGUGGUCACAAGAGGGAUGCGGAUGUCUUCGAGCUGUUCCUCUCUAAAAAGGAACUGACAGAGGUUGUUGAUCUUUCUAGAUUUAGAAAUUUAAAAUAUUUAUGGCUCCACCAUAAUAAGCUACAUGGGAUAGCAUUUUUGACUAGAAACUAUUGUCUGACAGAACUGUAUCUGAACAACAAUGCAAUAUUUGACAUAGAAGGCCUGCACAACCUGCCUUCCCUGCAUGUUCUCCUGUUGCACCACAACGAGCUAACAAACACUGAGGCUAUGGUGAAGGAGCUGAAGGGAAUGCAGAACCUAAAGACCCUAACUCUGUACCAAAACCCUUUAUCCCAGUAUAACCUCUACCGUCUGACUAUCAUCUACCACCUUCCGGGAGUGGAGCUGCUCGACUGGAAGCAAGUUACAGAAAAGGAGAGAAGAUCCAAGAUCACCAUUUUUAACCAUAAGAAAGCUCAUAUCAUUCAAUCGAUAGCAUUCGGAGGAAAAGUGGAUGUUUCUUGGAACCCCAAAUCAACAAUACGGCAAAAGCGAGUAUCAAAACUCCCUUCAGAUUUUGCAUUUGGGGAUAAUGUUGACAAGACUGUGUUUGGUGACCCAGAAGACGCUGUGUUUGUAAGAUCCAUGAAGAGGUCUUUGAUGGCCGUCACUUCCAUGAACUGGGACACGGUUCCCACACGAGAGGAAGAGUAUGACGAGACGGAAAAGACGGACUCAGCCCAGAUGAUGAUACUAUCCCUGAGAUAACUUUCCAGACCCUCAUGCUGCUCCGCAGAAUGUUAAAACAUCCGUGACUUAGAGCAAUACUCACCUGAUGUUUAUAAAUAGGGCAAUCGGUGAUGGGAAAAAAUGACUCCUGCACUAUAAGCUUCCUAUUGUAAAUGUUUACUUGAGUUACUCAUGAAUAAAGAAAACUCUUAGUGUAAAGCUCAACACAGAAUCUCUAAGACAAUCAAGGUCAUGUACCUGGCACUAUUGAUCAAGCAAUAACACAUUACCAACUCUCUAAAAGCCCCUCUUUGUGUUAGCAGAUGCUGUUUACCCUUCCGCACAAACCACCAUCCUGACCUCUCAGGAGUGAGUUUCAUGGUGAAACUUGACUAUGCAAUCAAGAGCGAGCCAUAUACAUGCAAUCACAAAGAAUGAAAGUCGGGUGUGGCUUCUGGCACUUGCUGUUCUGAGGCAGCUCUGUUGCUGUCAUAGCAAGGGCUCUGCCGUCUUCACUGCCGUCCAGCAGCCACCACGUGACCACACCACAGUUCAGUUAUCCGUGCACUGUUUGCACAUCUCUGGGACACUGGCCAGUUCUGGGUGUGGGCUAACGAUUGUUGGCUUGGCCUCACCAGAAGUCCAGUGCUAGGGAAUAAAGAAACUCGAUGGCCUUUACCAAUUGCCUGGUGCCAAGUGACAAAAAUUAACACUUCAUCUCAAGCCCAUUGCUGCCUUCUAUGACUUAAGAGCUCUGUCAGCUUUUAAAAUGUGGUGACAUUUCUCCCGAUCCUGCUCAUGCUCAGAGAAUACGGACACAUGGAAAUACGGGCUGACAUCACAGAGGGGAAGACGUGACCGCUAUGAUAAUGAACCUGUUCUUGUCCCAUGUUCCUGGCCUGAGUCUGAACAUUCAGGUGUGGUUCCUGAUGAAAAGGUCGGCUAGGACCAGGAGAAGAAACCAUUUGAGCAGUGACGGUCCUUGGUGUCGUGGCAGGAACAGUUGUUUGGUAUUCAACAUCAGGUGAUAGAUGGCAUCAGUGUGUUCUCUCCCUCUUUCCCUUAUGAUCACUGACUUUGGGGGAGUCCCUGUGUUAGGACACCCAGUCUUCUGGAGAAGCUCAUGCGCCGUGACCCUCCAAGAAAAGGCUCACAGUAGUUUCCACAGGCUCUUUAGCAAGGUCACGGGGACACGGCAGAGACCCAGUACUCUGCUCUUCAAACAGUUCUGGGUAUUCUAUUGUGCCGUCCUCACACUGAAGACCUAAGGAACUCACAGAAGCUGCUCAUCAGGAGCUGGGUCCCAGCCAAACCUCCAAGUAACAAUAUAGGCAGUAUGCAGGGGCGGGGGGUUGCACGUGAAGAAUCCAUUUUGGUGAAAAUGGUGCAGUCAGGACUGGGCUUAAGGAGACCUAUAAGUGGUAUACGCAGUACUUUAAAAAUUACUCUAGCAAGUGACGGACAAGAUAUUGCAACCUCUAGAUUAAGCACAGAAACAUAGGAUAAAAUAAAAAGGGCUGUACCAGCAACAGAAUGUGUGGUGUAACCCUUUGUAAGGAUAGACUGUGGUAUAACUGUAAUAAAAAUGCAUCGCAUAAACCCUUGUAACAGUGACAGAAAAGAAUGGUAAAUUCACUUUAGUUCUUAAACUGACAAAUUGAAGCAUGCCUCACUUGGUUGAAGAAAAAGGGUUUUGUUUUGUUUUAUUUUUUUAAGUGCACUGGUCCUGUAGUGUUUAGAAGGCCUUGUUUCCUUGCCAGUAUUUGGGCAGAGGAGAGCUCGGCAGGGCUGGUGGGCACAGAGCAAGAGAGCCAGCCAGUCAGCCAGGGACCAGCCAGCCAACUACAGAGGAAGCAGGAAAGCAGGAUGGAUGGUAUACAGGUGAGGUAAAUGAGUCUCAGGACAGCACUCAGAUGAAUAGAAAUGGGUUGAUUUGAGUUUAAGAAAAACUGGCUAGAAAUAAGUCAAAGCUAAGGCUGAGCAUUCCUAAUUAAUAAUAAGUCUCCAUGUCUUUAUUUGGGAGCUGGUUGG